GGCUGUUCCCCCCCAAAAUUUCAAUGCGCGCAACUUGCGAACGCCGAACUUAAUACAACUUUCGAUCUUGCGCCAGCCAAAUUGAAAACUUGAUAGCGAGCUGAGCAGAAGCUCGCAGGGAGGUUGCCAAGAUGGUGAAUCCAGGAAAGCGGAUGCACAUACUGCAAGCCAAGCUAUUGGCAUUACGGCAUGGCCCCGGAGCAGCAAUAUUACCACCCGAGAUCACGCGGAUACAUAUGGACUUUGCGUUGAAGUGGAAUGAUGGACACUUCGGUCCAAGGAAAUUCUGGAGGACCUGCCUCCCACGUCUGAAAUAUUGGAAUCCCGCCGUACCCAUGCUCGUAAACCGGACGCCAGAUCAAUCAGCCCCGGCCAAGAUGUCCAUCUACUUCCGACAAGCUGCGCUGACCUCCGAUACCCCUUCCGCCUUAACCACCAAGCUCAGUCAACUGCCUCUAGCGCAGCAACCGCACUCGAGUGUUUCGAAUGAGCACCCGGCGCCCGAGCCCGAAGAAGGCGAGCGUGUCGUGACGAUAGACAUGAAGAACGUGCACUCGGACCAGAUCCUUACUGAAUUCAUGAGCAAGACUGGCGCUACCCCCGUUCACCCGACGCCCGACGAGCUGGUCGAGAUGCGGCAAAUCGAGGAGCUCAAGGAGAAGGCUGCCUUCGACCGGGCUGUCAUGAAGAAGUACAUCGACGAUAAGAAGCGCGAGGAGCGUAUGUUGGCUCUAGCUCGCCAAGAGGCCGAUGCUAUCAAGAUGGCCAACGAUUAAGAUUAAUGGGGACGGGCCACUAAUUCCUCCUCCCCCUUGUCUAUUCUACUUUAGGCCGGAGAAGAAAAUUUUUUUCUUCUUCUUUUCCGCCCCAAUAAAAAGUAGCCGGAUAUAUAAAGCUGGCCGAGAGCAGCUACUACAAAGUCUACAACACAUCUAUCGAGAAGAUUUCCUCCGCGUUCGACUCGAUACUCUCUCUACCUGUACCAAGACGUGUAUCAUACGCAAAACAAAUACUAGGCGCAUAAGACCCCCGGGGAUA